AUGAGAUUUCAUAAAUUAAUUACGUAUUCCAAAAUUUUCCAAAGGGCAUCAAAGUUUGAUAUUAUAAUUAUUAGAUCAUGUUCCUGUACAUCGAAAGCUCCGCCGAAAGGUGAUACACCAUCAAAUGUGGAUAGUCGCAAAAAAGGCCUCGUUCUCGGCGUAUAUGAAAAUAACAAGCAAUAUUGCCUGACGCCGGCCGCUGAAGAACUCAACCAGAAGUGCGGUGGUAAAAUAUGUAAAUAUUUGAAUGAACUAUCAGGUGAGAUGAAAAUGGGGAGGGCUUUUGUGGUGACAGACCUGUUACCUGAGUACUCCGCGGUGGCUCUCUCGCUGCUCGGACCCAAAGGCUGCACCUACAAUGAACUGGAGUCGAUAGAUGAAGACAGGGAGAAUAUUCGCUGGUGCGUUGGAUCCGGUGUGCGCCUGCUUUUGAUGCGUGGUUGCGGAUCUAUCGACAUCGACACCGUCACGGCUCCUGAUGCCGCCGCCGAAGCUGCUGAACUUGCGGCCUGGAGAUUUAAUAUAUUCAAGUCGUCAAAUCGCAAACCGAAGUGCCAUGUACACCCGUACGGCAAAGGUAAAGGUAAACUGUGGGAGCAGGGCUCCAUCCGCGCGAGGGCUCAGAACUGGGCGCGGUACCUCUCGGAUAUGCCCGCCAACAGAAUGACUCCAGUGGAUUUGGCACAGGCGGCCCUGGACGUGCUGUGCCCUCUGGGCGUAAAGGUGAAAGCUAACGACCGCGAGUGGAUCACCGCGCAGCGCAUGCAGGCGUUCCUGACGGUGGCGCGCGGCUCGUGUCACGCGCCUAUGUUCCUCGAGUUGGACUACCGCGGCACGUCUGAAAACGUACCGCCAGUGCUCAUUGCCGCCAAGGGAGUCACCUUUGACAGCGGGGGUCUAUGUUUGAAGAAACGCGAGUCAAUGUCGGAGAACCGCGGCAGUAUGGCCGGCGCUGCGGUCGUGCUGGGCGCUCUCAAGGCUCUCGCUGAACUAAAGAACAUAGUAAAAAAAGCAACGAAGAAAUGUCGUUUUAAACGGUUCGUGUGGCUACCCUGCCCGCAGGUACCCAUAAACGUGAUUGGGUGUAUCCCACUGUGUGAGAACAUGGUGAGUGGGCAGUGUAUGAAGGUGGGCGACAUCGUGAAGGCGCUAAACGGACUCUCGAUACAAAUAGAAAAUACAGACUAUGAGGGUCGGCUGAUGAUGGCUGACGCGCUUGUCUACGGUCAAGCUAUUUACAAACCUUCGUUGGUCAUAGACGUGGCCACAUUCACACAGGGCGUGCUGAUGGCGACGGGCGGCGGCGCGUUCGGCUGCUUCAGCAACAGCGAGCGCGCCUGGGCCGCCGCCAGGGCCGCCGGCGCCCGCUCCGGCGACCGGCCCUGGCGCUUCCCGCUCUGGAAGUACUACCAGAAGCAGAUCACCAAUGAACCAUCCGUGGACUUAAGAAACAAAGGCUCCGGACAUGCGACGCCUUGUCUCGGGGCUGCUUUCUUGAGGAACUUCAUUUGCGGUGACUGGUUACACAUGGACAUAACAGGUGUGGGCAAGGUGGCUCACUUUGUAGCGCCGCCCUACCUGGACCCGCGCCGUAUGACGGGCAGGCCUUGUCGAACGCUCACCACGCUUCUCGAGAAUAUUGCUCACGAUACUCAGUCUAAAUCAAAAACAUUUAAACACGAGCAGCCGGAUGUUGGCAAAAAAUAA